CUUCUGUCCUACCAUGCUUUGCUUCUUAUGCGUUUCAGACAGCGAUGGGUUUGCUAUUACUGUCUCUUCUUGCUCACAUACUUGGCAUGUUUAUGAAUGGAAAAUCAUUACAUCUUCCAGAGAGUUUUGGGUCUGCAUCUAAAGUGUGUUCUAUAUCUUGGUUGUUUUGAGUCUUCAAUCUUAAGUGUGUUGCUUUUGUUUCUUGUUAUGUUUCGAUUCUUUCCAACUUCUCCUUAUUCUUUUCCGUUUUUUUUUUUUUCCUUUUGUUCUUUUUUUUAUUUUGUUUUCCAAACAAAAUAAAAUAAAAUUUAAAUACAUAAAAGCCACACGGUGCGUUUUACUGUGGGUGUUUAAGUUGUGCAGAUUAGGCCAUCUUCCUCGCUCAUAUUCGAUCUCUCUUCAGCCUCCAUUGUCGUCAUCCAAAGUUCUCAGCUUCUGCUACUCCGUGUCUUGCUCUGUCGCGUCACCAUGGUCACCACACGGAGCCGUUGUCAUUCUUCCUCCUCCGCUGCCACCAAUCCCCAUUCCUCUCGCUCCGUGCACCGCCGAACUGAUGCUUCUCCUUCUUCGGGUGUCUCACCGGCUGAAAUCCCAUCACGGCCGUCCUCCUCCCGGUGCUCGAGCUCCAGCACUACGUCUCGCGCAUUCCCUCAUCCACCGGUCUUUCACUUCGUUUCUCAGGUGUGCUCUACCCGGUAUAUAGAUGUGAUUUGUCAUAGUCCCAUGUUAAUUGAAGAGGACUUCGAUCUCUCUAGCUUUGGCCCCACAUUUGUUGAUUUUCUUUCAGGGCAUCGUCUCUUGCCAUUAGUUUGUGGGUUGCCUAUUCCAAAUUUCCAGAUUGUUCGGGAAUUUUAGGCCAAUUUCCUCGAUGUCUCCGCUGCCUCUGUUGCUCUGUCUGGAUUGGUUUUCAUGUGAGCCGGUUCCAGAUUUUCUUCCGCGCCAUCAGCUGGUGAAUCGCCUCUAUGUGUCUCCACCCGAGGUGCUCCCCACCGAGCUCUCAUCUGGUAUGAUGUCUCAGUGGGCUCGUACUCUAUAUAUGCUUGUGCGAAAUUAUCUGAAUCCCACUUCCCAGCGUGGGAAAGUGAGUUGGAAAGCUGCUCAUAUUCUCUUCCAUCUUGUGAUUGAGCAAUCUGUCAGUGUUGAGUGCUAUGUUCAUGAAAGCCUCAUUAUCGCUGGUGCUGCCAAUGCCACCGUUUCGACAUCCAGUCUUGUUCUUCCGUUGAUUAUCACCUCCUUGGCUGCUCAUGCUGGUGUCCCUGCACUGCCGACAGAUGAUAUUGGCUCAUCCGACACCAUCAAAGUCAACAACCAGGUCACUUUACACCGCAGCGAUGCUCACUGUACUUCUGGUGGUUUCUCCAUCGAGCAACAGGCUCUUUUGGAUUCGCUCUCUGCAUCCCAUCAAGUGACACAUGCACUCCUUUGUCGCAUCUGGGAUCGUCUUGACACCUAUAGUGAGCUGUUACUAUCACUUGCAUGGCCCAUUCAGCCUACUGAUCCUCCUCGUCCUCCUCGGGCUAGCAGCAUCUAAGGUUCAUCUGUUCUGCUUCUGGAUUAUUCUAUUUUGAAGUUAUCUCUAUAUUCCUUUGGAUUUCCUAAACAAAAAAGGGGAGAAUAUUUUGUGGUACUUAUGAGAUUUAGGGGGAGUAGAUAUUUUGUGUUACAUAUGAGAUUUAGGG